GACAAUCGAUUUGAACGUCAAAUGAAUUGCAAACACAUAAUAAAAAUAAACUGUUUUUUUGUUUUGUUUAUUGUUUUCAUGAAAUAAAUGUUUGGUUUCUCUCUCUCUCUAUCUUUCAAUAUGUUUGGUCUGACUAUUGAACCGAUUAUGAAGUGAUCAAUUAAUUUGAUUUACUUAUUGGAUGUGAUUAUCGGUGAUAAUCGUUGAGCUAAUACAACCACUGAAGCGGUGUUAGACAUACAGACACUUCAGACAGACUGACAGACAGUCAGACAUAUAGACUAUGGAUAUGAACGGUAUGGUCAGCGGCGGCGGUAGUAUCGGUGAUGUUGUUGUUGGUCUGGGUAUCGGUAGUCCCGACGAUACCCUAAGUUCUAAGCAACGACUCCGGGAACUGAUGCGCGAAAACUCGGAAAUGAAAGAAUUGAUACUAUUUUUGGACGACGAAAGAAAUUACGCCAAACUUCUGGUCAAAGAGUUUAAUGCCAAACAACUGAAGACCUGGAAUCAGAUGAAAGUAAAGCUCAAUCUAUUGGAGACCAAACAGUUUGAUCUGAUCCGCGAAAACUAUUCACUCAAACAGUUAUGUGUAUUAUUGGACACAAACCACAAUAGUACCGGUAUGUCGACGCCAACAUUGCCAGCUAAUGGUAUGCCAUCCCGUUCCACAUCGACGCCAGCUUUUUGUCAGUAUAUAACUUAUUUGGAAAACGAGUUACGCUCCAGAGGUGCCGAUAUUGUACGUCCGAAACACGUGUCCGAUGCUAUGCGCGUGAAUGCCAUACGCGAGUCUAUAGUCGAUUCGGGCGAUGAAAAGUCCAUUAUUGACUCACUAAGCGAAACGGCGAUUAAGACUAUAAUGAAUAGAUAAUAAUUAUAAUACUUAAACAUUACUUAUAUAAUACUUUUGUGUUCAAUAAUAUGAUUUUCUAAUUGUUAAUACAGUAUUAUUUUUAUUAUUAUUUGUCUACAAUAAUUGGUUUAUGUUUAAUACUAUUGGGAUUUGUAUUAUCAAUUGGUUUAUGAUAGCACUGUUAAAAUUAGUGAAUAUUUUUAAAAAAAACACAAAUAUCUACUUAAAUAACAUUC